UCCAAUUUUUAGAAAAUUUCCAAUUUUAAUGAUUAGACUAAUAAAGUAAGUAAUUCUCACAGCUGAGUGGAUGUUUGUAAAGAUAUUUGAUCCAUCUUAAAAGGACGGCAUUUUAUCAUCGUUGGAUGUAAAUAAGUGUAAUACCAACCAAUAAAGAAAGAUGCAAUCUCAAGGACAAGGUCAGCAAUUGUCGCAAAUGCAAUCAGCGGCUCAUUCAUUAUUACAACAUCAUUCAAAUGCCACAGGGAGCAAUUUAGUCGGAAAACAAAAUGAUCUGCAAUCUUUAUCCUCUGUUGGUUUACUUGAGUUGGCUCAUAGGGAAUACCAAGCUGUUGACUAUGAAAGUGCAGAAAAACAUUGCAUGCAAUUAUGGCGCCAGGACAGUACGAACACAGGAGUUUUAUUAUUGCUGUCAUCCAUUCAUUUUCAAUGCAGAAGACUUGAUAAGUCAGCACAAUUCUCUACAUUGGCAAUAAAACAAAACCCUGUGCUGGCAGAAGCUUAUAGUAAUUUAGGAAACGUUUAUAAAGAGCGUGGACAACUGCAAGAAGCUUUAGACAACUAUCGAAGAGCUGUCCGUCUAAAGCCGGACUUUAUUGAUGGAUACAUAAACUUGGCUGCUGCUUUAGUAGCUGCGCGAGAUAUGGAGUCGGCUGUACAAGCAUAUAUAACGGCGUUACAAUAUAAUCCCGAGCUCUAUUGUGUGCGCAGCGACCUAGGAAAUCUACUUAAGGCCCUUGGUCGUUUGGAAGAAGCUAAGGCCUGUUACCUAAAGGCAAUUGAAACGUGUCCUGGCUUCGCAGUUGCAUGGAGUAAUUUAGGAUGCGUGUUUAACGCUCAGGGAGAGAUUUGGUUGGCAAUACAUCACUUUGAAAAAGCCGUAACUCUGGAUCCCAACUUUUUGGACGCAUAUAUUAAUUUGGGAAAUGUUCUAAAGGAAGCAAGAAUAUUCGACAGAGCCGUGGCUGCCUAUUUACGUGCUUUAAACUUAUCUCCGAAUAAUGCCGUAGUUCAUGGAAAUUUGGCAUGUGUUUACUAUGAACAAGGCCUUAUUGAUUUGGCUAUCGACACAUAUAGGAGAGCAAUAGAACUGCAGCCAAAUUUCCCCGAUGCCUACUGCAAUCUUGCCAACGCUCUUAAAGAGAAAGGGCAGGUUAAAGAAGCUGAGGACUGCUAUAACACUGCAUUAAGACUGUGUUCAAAUCAUGCAGAUUCCCUUAAUAAUUUAGCGAAUAUAAAAAGAGAACAAGGUUACAUUGAGGAAGCUACUCGACUUUACUUAAAAGCUUUGGAGGUGUUCCCUGAUUUUGCUGCGGCCCAUUCAAACUUGGCAUCCGUAUUACAGCAGCAGGGUAAAUUAAAGGAAGCAUUAAUGCAUUAUAAGGAAGCUAUAAGAAUUCAGCCCACAUUUGCAGAUGCAUACUCAAAUAUGGGAAAUACUCUAAAAGAAUUACAAGACGUCAGUGGUGCACUUCAAUGCUACACCAGAGCUAUUCAAAUUAAUCCAGCAUUUGCUGAUGCGCACAGUAAUUUGGCAAGCAUACACAAAGAUUCCGGAAAUAUUCCCGAAGCAAUCCUGUCAUACCGAACAGCCCUGAAGCUAAAACCUGAUUUUCCUGAUGCAUACUGUAAUUUGGCUCAUUGCCUUCAAAUCGUCUGUGAUUGGACAGACUAUGAAGUUCGAAUGAAAAAGUUGGUUAGUAUAGUUGCUGAGCAGCUUGAAAAAAAUCGAUUACCGUCUGUUCAUCCACACCACUCAAUGCUUUAUCCUCUGACACAUGACUAUCGAAAAGCAAUUGCAGCGCGGCAUGCUAAUUUGUGUUUGGAAAAAGUCCAUGUUCUUCAUAAAAAACCGUAUACUUUUUUAAGGGAAUUGCCAGUCAAGGGAAGACUACGUAUAGGAUAUCUAAGCUCGGAUUUUGGAAAUCAUCCUACCUCACAUUUAAUGCAAUCUGUUCCAGGUCUUCAUGAUCGUUCUAAAGUAGAGAUUUUUUGCUAUGCGUUAAGUCCGGAUGAUGGUACAACCUUUCGAUACAAAAUCAGCAGGGAAUCGGAAAACUUUGUGGAUCUUUCACAAAUCCCUUGUAAUGGCAAAGCAGCAGAUAAAAUAUUCAAUGAUGGUAUAAAUAUUUUAGUAAAUAUGAAUGGAUACACAAAGGGAGCGAGAAAUGAAAUAUUUGCUCUUCGUCCUGCUCCAAUUCAAGUAAUGUGGUUAGGGUAUCCAGGUACUAGUGGAGCUAGCUUUAUGGAUUAUAUUAUUACGGAUUCUGUAACAAGCCCAAUGGAAUUAGCCUACCAAUACAGCGAAAAGUUGUCUUAUAUGCCGCACACAUAUUUUAUUGGUGAUCAUAAGCAAAUGUUUCCUCAUUUAAAGGAACGGAUAAUUGUGUGCGAUAAGCAACAACAUUCUGUUGUUGAUAAUGUAACAGUUAUAAAUGCCACAGAUUUAUCACCUCUGGUUGAAAAUACAGAUGUAAAAGAGAUUAAAGAAGUGGUUAACGCACAAAAACCAGUCGAAAUAACUCAUAAAGUCGCGGAGUUGCCAAACACGAUACAAAUUGUAUCAAUGAUAGCUUCUGGACAAGUGCAAACUUCCCUAAAUGGUGUCUUAGUUCAAAACGGAUUGGCCACUACUCAAACUAACAAUAAGGCCGCUACCGGUGAAGAAGUACCACAAAAUAUUGUAAUAACCACUCGACGUCAAUAUAUGUUACCUGAUGACGCUAUUGUAUACUGCAAUUUUAAUCAGCUAUACAAAAUCGACCCACAAACCCUUGAAUCUUGGGUAGAAAUUUUAAAAAAUGUGCCCAAGUCAGUUCUGUGGUUACUAAGGUUUCCAGCAGUUGGGGAACAAAAUAUUAAAAAAACUGUCAGUGACUUCGGAGUAUCUCCUGAUAGAGUUAUAUUUUCCAAUGUAGCUGCUAAGGAAGAACACGUCCGCCGGGGUCAAUUAGCUGAUGUAUGUCUUGACACUCCAUUAUGCAAUGGACACACUACAUCUAUGGACGUCUUAUGGACAGGUACGCCUGUCGUAACAUUGCCAGGAGAAACAUUAGCCUCAAGAGUGGCUGCCUCGCAGCUUGCUACUCUUGGAUGUCCAGAGUUAAUAGCUCAUACAAGGGAAGAAUACCAAAAUAUCGCCAUACGCCUGGGUACAAAAAAAGAAUAUUUAAAAACCAUGAGGGCAAAAGUAUGGAAAGCCCGUGUGGAAAGUCCUCUAUUUGAUUGCUCACAGUAUGCCAAAGGAUUAGAAAAAUUGUUCUUACGAAUGUGGGAAAAAUUUGAAAACGGUGAACUUCCCGAUCACAUUUCUGCAGCAUAAACAAGUUAAUUCGAUAAUUUUAAUUUUAAAAUGGGAAUCACAAGCUAUUAAUUAAAUUUUACCGUUGAAAGCCCAAUUCUAACACAAUAUUGGUUACAUGUAAUCCUAUUGCUACUUCCCGAAAAAUACAUCCCCCAUUUCGUUAUAUAUUAAUAAGUUAUUUGACAUGUACAAACAUUCUUGCUACUUAAAAAUAAACGUUAACUGAGAGUCGGUCCAGAUAGACCUUAUCAAGAAAAAA